UGUUUUCAACAUUCCAGCCAGAGAAUUGAGCGUAAUACAGAUUUGCCAAAAAUUACUACAAUGGGUCGGAAGAAGAUACAAAUUUCGCGGAUCACAGACGAACGGAAUCGUCAGGUGACAUUCAACAAACGGAAAUUCGGAGUUAUGAAGAAGGCUUAUGAAUUAUCGGUGCUGUGUGAUUGCGAGAUUGCGCUGAUAAUAUUCAGUUCCAGCAACAAACUUUACCAGUAUGCCAGCACGGAUAUGGACAAAGUACUCCUCAAGUACACCGAGUACAACGAACCCCACGAAUCACUGACCAACAAAAACAUUAUCGAGGCCCUCAACAAGAAGGAGCAUAAAGGCGCAAUGUCACCAGAGAGUCCCGAGCCAGAUGCUAGUGAGUACAAUCUCACUCCACGUACCGAGGCCAAGUACACUAAAAUUGACGAGGAGUUCCAGAUGAUGAUGCAGAGGAAUCAGCACAAUGGCACGAGGACAAUUGGACAAUCGAAUUACACAUUGCCCGUGUCUGUACCAGUUAAUUCUUACGGAGAAUCUCUCCUGGGAUCUAGUCCUCAAAUGGCACACACCAGCAUCUCUCCACGACCUUCUUCAUCUGAAACUGAUUCAGUUUAUCCACCUGGUGGAAUGCUGGAGAUGAGUAAUGGAUAUCCACCAUCGGCAUCACCACUUGGCGGUUCGCCGAGUCCAGGUCCGUCGCCAGCGCUGGGAGUUGGCGGUGCGAAUAAGGGUGGUAAUCCGUCCCGACACUCGCCACAACCACCACCGCCUCAUCAUCCUCACAGGGCCAAUCUGAGAGUUGUCAUACCCACGCCGCUCACACAACCGCUUUCUGAGGAUAAUAAUUACGAUGGAGGCCACACACAGAAUGCACUCAACACACCGGUCGUAGCGCUACAAACCCCGUCUGUCGCAGCUGGAUACUCGAGUUUUGGAUCAACAGAUUAUUCAUCGGAUCUCGGGAGUCUCACGUGGUCUCACCAGAGGUACGUUGAUGACUUAUCAAUGUAUUCGGCAGCCACCAUGUCCAACAUCAGCAGCCUUCCUCACCUAGCCGUAUCUAGUAGCACGCCACCGCCAUCGACGUCACCGUUGCCAGUGAAAAUAAAAAGCGAGCCAAUAAGUCCGCCACGAGAUCCUCACGGAAAUAGCGGCGGCGGGCCAGGUAUAACAAACUUACACCACACAAAUCUGAGUAUCGGGCCGCCAUCAAACAGCGGUGGACCUUCUCAUCAUGUUUCACACGGACAGCAGACCCUGAAUCUCGUUUCAAAUCGACCGACCAGCAAUCCUCCGCCCUCUCAUUCUGGUAGUAUAACACCUACAAAUUUACCCUCUCCGGGUGGUAAUGUUGACAUGAGGACAAGUCAUUCAACGAGUGGUGGUGGCGGUAACCCCGACUAUGAAAACGGGCCGCUGAUGAAACGCGCCAGGAUCACUGAGGGAUGGGCUACCUAA